CGACUCCAUUCGUGCUCCCGUCGCGACGCACGGCUGCACUCGGCUUCGCCUCCUCUUCCAGGCCUCUCAACGCGCACUCGCUUUCGACACGUCGAGCAGACGAGAGUGUUGCAGAGCCCAAAGAAUCGAGCUGACUUUACUUACAAACGUGUACGAAACGGAAGAAGAAGAGUAAGAAGAAAAAUAAAAAGAGAGAGGAAGAGAGAAAGAGAGAGAGGAAGAGAGAGAGAGAGAGAGAGAGAGAGAGAGAGAGAGAGAAAGAAAGAGCAAGAGACAGACAAACGAUCAGCUGUUUUCGUGGAGCUUUUUUUUCUACUUGCUGUCAGAGAAAAGAAGAACUGCAACAAUGAGGGAGAUCGUACAUCUACAAGCUGGACAAUGUGGCAACCAGAUUGGUGCUAAGUUUUGGGAAGUGAUCUCCGAGGAGCAUGGCAUCGACCAAUCCGGCAUUUAUCAUGGAGAUAGCGAUCUACAGCUGGAGCGAAUCUCCGUUUAUUACAACGAGGCUACCGUGGCCACAUCAACGAACGGUGGAAAAUAUGUUCCUCGAGCGAUUCUUCUUGACUUGGAACCAGGUACGAUGGACGCAGUACGAUCCGGAGCAUACGGGAAGUUGUUCAGACCGGAUAAUUUCGUCUUCGGGCAGUCCGGUGCCGGUAAUAACUGGGCCAAAGGUCAUUACACCGAGGGAGCCGAAUUGGUGGACUCGGUUCUUGACGUAGUGAGGAAGGAAUGCGAGAAUUGCGAUUGUCUCCAAGGUUUUCAGCUGACCCAUUCGCUUGGAGGAGGUACUGGAUCCGGUAUGGGAACUCUUCUGAUAUCUAAGAUUCGUGAAGAGUAUCCUGAUAGGAUUAUGAAUACUUAUUCGGUUAUGCCAUCGCCAAAAGUCUCUGAUACUGUGGUAGAACCAUAUAAUGCGACUCUAUCCGUUCAUCAAUUGGUUGAAAACACCGAUGAGACUUAUUGCAUCGAUAACGAAGCUCUUUAUGAUAUCUGUUUCCGCACAUUGAAGGUCUCCAAUCCUAGCUAUGGUGACCUAAAUCAUCUGGUUUCGUUGACUAUGUCUGGAGUAACAACAUGCCUAAGGUUUCCUGGUCAACUUAACGCAGAUUUAAGGAAACUUGCUGUCAACAUGGUACCCUUCCCUCGGCUCCACUUCUUCAUGCCUGGUUUCGCACCUUUAACGUCUAGAUCUAUGCAACAAUACUCAGCUCUUUCGGUACCCGAACUGACGCAGCAAAUGUUCGAUGCUAAGAACAUGAUGGCUGCCUGUGAUCCCAGACAUGGAAGAUAUCUAACCGUUGCUGCUGUAUUCCGUGGUAGAAUGUCAAUGAAAGAAGUUGACGAGCAGAUGCUCAGCGUACAGAAUAAAAACAGUUCGUAUUUCGUCGAAUGGAUUCCGAAUAAUGUGAAGACCGCUGUCUGUGACAUACCACCUAAAGGUUUGAAGAUGUCAUCGACCUUCAUUGGAAAUACCACAGCUAUUCAAGAAUUGUUCAAGAGAAUUUCCGAACAGUUCACUGCUAUGUUCAGGAGAAAGGCCUUCUUGCAUUGGUACACGGGAGAAGGUAUGGACGAGAUGGAAUUUACCGAAGCAGAAUCAAACAUGAACGAUUUGGUCUCUGAGUACCAACAAUAUCAAGAAGCUACAGCCGAAGAGGAUUUUGAAGCUGAAGAAUGCGCUGACGAUUUCGAGGCUUGCGAACAGGAAUAAAAUGCGAGUGUUCCAAUAUUUUUACAUCUUUAUCUUCAUCCUCUCCUUCUCCUAUUUUUCCUCUUUCUUCUUUAUACUGUUCUUCUUCCGAAUGAAAGUGUAAAAAUGUCAAAGAAAUUGUUCUUUGAUACUUUUAAACGUUCAUCAUGACACCUUUUUGAUACUUUUAUACGAUUACGUACGUUUUUAAUAAUGAACGAUUGAAACUAUCUUAAAAAACGUACAUUUCAUUCCCGAUAAUGUCAGAGUUGUCGGAGAUAAUGUUUGGAAACAAUUUCAAAAGAUUUAAUACAAUGCUAUGUAUAUUUAAGAUAUUAUAUGUAUUUUCUGUGUUCGAAUUUAUCGAUCGAUCGAACAAUACUGAUUCGAGACCAUUGAUUAAUUCAUUUAUAUUUAUUCCCAAAGAAACAUCGAAUUCGUGCGAUGGAUUUUAAAUAAAAUAUAAAAUUUAUAUAAGGCACCGAUGUAAUCGUACUUCGUUCGCCAAAGCGAUCUUACCAAAAAGAAAAAAAAGUGACAAAAAUAUGCUCCUUUCUCUUUCUCUCUUUCUCUCUCUUCCUCUCUUCCUAUUUUUUUCUCGUUUCUUUUAUAUGUUCGCAAUAUAUGUUCGCAAGUAUCGUUUAAUUGCGAGGAAUGCUUAGGACGUACUGCGGUUUUUUUUUUUUUUUA